CUGAAAUUGCAAUUUGAAUCCACUACUAUUAUAAAAAGAAAAUAUUAUUAAGUUUCGAUAUAUGUUAUAAAAUGAAAUAGUAUUUCACAUUAAAAAUAUUAUAAGUAUGUGUUGUGGUUGAUAGUGUCGUAGUAACCGAAGACUGAAUAUGUUUUAUGUACUGAACAGAACCUUGUGAAGAAUAUUAUAAAAACAAUAGCCCAAUGAGAUAUUCGUGACCAAUCACCGAAAUGAAUCGCUACAUCGUGCUGCAGCAGCUCGGGGACGGCACUUACGGCUCUGUAGCUCUGGCGCAGCGCCGGGACACGGGUGAGAAGGUUGCCAUAAAACGAAUGAAACGCAAGUACUAUUCCUGGGACGAAGCCAUGAACCUUCGGGAAGUAAAGUCGUUAAAAAAGCUGAACCACGCCAACAUAGUAAAGCUGCGCGAGGUGAUUCGAGAAAAUGACACUUUAUAUUUUGUGUUCGAGUACAUGCGAGGCAACUUGUACCAGCUUAUCCGUGACACUGACGCACCUUUCCCCGAGUCCGUGCUGCGGAACAUAUUGUAUCAGGUUCUUCAGGGACUAGCUCACAUGCACCGCCAUGGAUUCUUUCAUCGCGAUUUGAAGCCCGAAAACUUGCUGUGUGCCGGACCGGAACUGGUAAAGAUAGCAGAUCUGGGGCUGGCGCGUGAGCUGCGGUCACGGCCGCCGUACACAGAGUACGUGUCAACGCGCUGGUACCGUGCGCCCGAGGUGCUGCUCCGCGACCCACGCUACGGUGCGCCCAUCGACUUGUGGGCACUGGGGUGCAUCAUGGCCGAGCUGUACACGCGGCGCCCUCUCCUGCCCGGCCACUCCGAAAUCGACCAGCUGCACAAGAUGUGCACGCUGUUGGGCCCACCACCGCGCGACCGCUGGCCCGAGGGCUACGCUCUCGCCGACGCACUGCGUUUGCGCCUUCCGACUGGCGGAGCGCCCGUGCCACUAGCCAGAGCGGUGCCCGGCGCCUCACCUCCAGCACUGGUGUUGCUGGCCGUGCUGCUGCGCUACCCGCCGCGCGAGCGGCCCACGGCCGCCCAAGCUCUCAGAUUUCCAUACUUUGCCGUCGGUGCUUCGUUAGUGGUUCCUGCCCCUGUCGCGAACUCUAGAAAAAGCAGUUGCACACGAGUGGAAGUUGAGAACGUCCCUCCGAAUGGCUUAAGUCGUUUAAAUAAGGUUUCAAGUGAAAAGUCUCAUCACGAUCAAUUUGCAGACAUUCUCGGCGGUGAGGUGAUUCACUCCGCGCGGCUAGCGAGUGGCGUACUCGGACACGGGCGUGGCAGGAGCGUGCUGGCUCCGCUGCAGUACCCAUCAGAAGGCGAAUCGGCUCAGGGGGGUGCCCCGGCCGCUGCGGGCGGCGCUGCUCGGGUGUAUCUCGGCGCGUCACGGUACGUGGCCGGCGCCCGUAUCGACACGUCGCUAUUCCGUUCGGUGCCUAUGCCCGUGCACACCCUCCAUGAAGCGAGCGCAGCGGUCGCUAGCGGUGUGGGAGCGGGUUCGUUGGCAGCGGCGUCGCGCGUUGAUUGGGCCUCCAAGUAUCUGCGGUGAAGCAAGCGCCUGUGCGUCCUUGAAUGCUUAUACAGGCCCAAUAACUUACAUCAAAGACUUACAUUCAGUAUGAGUAGCCGCCACUAGCCAGAGUACAAUCAUUGAAAAGAUUACGAUGUAAAUAUUAUGUGUAAUU